UUGAGGAGCUGGAUGAUUUUUGUCUGAACACAUUUGAUCAACAUGUGGAGCAGCAGCUGGAUUUUACUCUGCACGCUUUUAUCUGCACUUUGUCUCGUCCAGGCCACAAACACGUUUUACUCAACAGUUCGAUGCGAGUGCAAUGGGAGAUCUCCGUACUGCCUUCGAGACGCUCUGGGUUUACACUGCGUCGACUGUCAGGGAAACACUGAGGGACGCCACUGCCAGCACUGCAAGGCCGGCUUCUUCCUGGAGGGGGCGGCACUGAGCUGCACGCCUUGCCAAUGCAACACUACAGGGUCUGUCAGUGCUACAUGUGACAGCAGGGGGCGCUGCAGCUGUAAAGAAGGCGUGUCAGGAGAUAAAUGCAACAGCUGUCCAGACGGACCAAUCGGACCGAAUGGCUGCUCGAAAAGACGUCAGCUCAGAGAGGAUUCUGGGAGUCGACAGACAUGUUUCUGUUACGGCCACAGCAGCAGAUGUUCUGCACAGUUCGGUUUCUCCGUCCACAACAUCACGUCGACCUUCACCGACGGUAUGGAGGGUUGGACGGCAGCGACGACUCAGGGCCUCACCCCCGCAGACGUUCACUUCCGAUGGUCCCCAACACACCUGGACCUGGAGGUCAUCUCUAAAAACAGUCUGCCGGUCUACCUGUACGCCCCAGCUCCUUACCUGGGGAACCAGUUGCUAAGUUAUGGUCAGAACCUUUCCUUCUCUCUGCGUCUGGACCGUGGCACCCGACACCCGUCCACCGAUGACGUGGUCCUUGAAGGUGGUGGUGUGAGAGUUUCGGCCUCGCUGGGCGACCUGCGAUCCAUCGUCCCCUGUGGAAAGAAAAUCAACUACAGCUUCAGAUUGGACGAGCAGCCCGGUAGCAGGUGGCGUCCUCAGAUCUCCUCCUUCCAGUUCCAGAAGCUCCUGCAGAAUCUCACCGCCGUCAAGAUCCGGGCGACUUUUGGUGAAAACGGACGUGGUUACCUUGACAACGUUCAGUUAGUGUCAGCACGGCGUGACGAUGGCGUCCCGGCCCGCUGGGUCCACACCUGCAGCUGCCCCACAGGGUACGAGGGCGAGUUCUGCGAACGUUGCAUGGCUGGUUUCAGGCGCAGCACCCCAGCAGAUGGAGCCUUCAGCCCCUGCGAGCCCUGCAGCUGCAGAGGAGGCAGCUGUGACCCUCAGACCGGAGACUGUUACUCCGCUGAUGAGACGCCCGGAGAGCAGAGCUGCUCUCAGGGGUCUUACCGGGACCCCUGGAAGAGCCCUGGGAGCCCCAACACCUGUGUGAAGUGUCCCUGUCCAGAGGGAGUGUCCUGCUCCCUGGCCACUGGUUCACUGCAGCCUCAGUGUGACAGCUGUCCGACCGGAACCACCGGUCCUCGCUGUGACGUCUGUCAGGAGGGUUUCUAUGGCGACCCAGCAGGAGUCACCGGAGAGCGCCGUCCUUGCAGACCCUGUGACUGUAACAGCCACAUUGACGUAAGCGUGGAAGGAAGCUGCGACCGCAGCAGCGGUGAGUGUCUGAGGUGUGUGAACAACACGAAGGGGCGGAGCUGCGAGGCCUGUGUGAGAGGAUUCUACCGCAGCCGACUCACUGACGCCUGCAAACCGUGUGACUGUGACCUUCAAGGCUCUGAGUCCAGACAGUGUGACGACACCGGCCGCUGUCGCUGCAGACCAGACUUCGAGGGCCUGAGGUGUCAACGCUCCCACUGCCCCCGAUGUUUCAGCCCCAUCAAGACACAGGUGGACGUUUACGCCGCCAGACUGAAGGAGCUGGAGACUCGACUCUCACACAUGGAUGGAGGUUUGACUCUGGCCAACAGCGCCACCAUGGAGGCCGCUCUGAGAACUGCUGAGCACCUGGUUGAAGACUUGCAAGACGACACAGAGGAACUGACAGAAAUGGAGAAGAGGCUGCAGGGCCGUCUGUCGUCCAUCAGCAGGAGUCAGCUGGUCGAGGGUCAGAACAUCCAAAACAUCGGCGACACGGUCGACGACAUCAAACAACAACAGAGGAAGUACAAGACGGAGGUGGAGGACGUGCAGACUUUGAUGACCGCGAUGAAACGCAAACUGGAGGAGGCCAAGACCAACCUCCGAUCAGCUGAACUUCCUGUCGGAGACGCUCCCCUGGGUUCAAACACCCUGUCGUCGUUGGUGCAAACUGCGACCAGCCUCGCAGAUAAACACCAGACGAAGGCCACAGCCGUGGACGAGACCGCCAGCAAAGCUCUGAGCGACUCGGAGAAGAGUCUGGCUCUGGUCCGAACUCUCAUGAACAAAGAGAAUAAAGUUAAAGAGCUGAUUGGAGAUCUGAAAACAACGUUUGAUCAGUCUUCGGCUAGGGUGAAGGGUCUGGAGGACCACGCCAUCCGUUUGAGUGGCGAGGCUAAAGAUGAGAGCAAGAUGGCGGAUGGAAUGUUGAAAAACAUCGCAAACAUGGAGCGCAACAUCCCGACGUCCCUGAAAGGGGAGAUUGAUGCCAUGGUUUCCAAGUUGGAUGACCUGAAAGGUCAGGUGGAGGAGAACAUCUCAGGCUUCGAGGCGUUGCAGGACGGCGUGCAGCGAGACAAAGCCGCCACCCAGAACCUGCUGGCCAAGGGGAAGUCUGCUCAGCAG